AUGCUCAACCAAACCACAGAAAUGGUUUUCUUUCUUCUGGGAUUCUCUGAUACCCGGCAGCUACAGAUUUUACACUUUGUGAUCUUCCUUCUGCUUUAUUUGACAAGCAUCAUGGGAAAUCUUCUCAUCAUCAUACUAGUAGCUCUCAACCACCACCUUCACACACCCAUGUAUUUUUUCCUGGUCAAUUUAUCCAUUGCAGACAUUGGCAACAUCUCAGUGAACAUUCCCAAAGCCAUGAGCAAUUCUCUCAGAAAUACCAGGCUCAUUUCCUAUACAGAAUGUGUUUCCCAAGUCUUUUCUCUCAUCUUCUUUGCACUGACUGACCUGUUCCUCCUCACCAUCAUGGCUUAUGACCGAUACAUUGCGAUAUGCAAUCCACUACGAUAUGAAACAGUAAUGAAUAGGGGAACCUGCAUCCAAAUGGCAGCUGGUGCAUGGAUCACCGGCAUGUUCUAUGCUGCCUUACAUAUCCAUGGCACCUUCUCAAUAACCUUCUGCUCCAAUGUCAUUAACCAAUUCUUCUGUGAAAUUCCACAGCUGCUCAAACUGUCCUGUGACAACAAUUAUUCAGUGGAAUUUGGGGUCAAUAUAUUUGGUGCAGGUAUAGCCUUUGGCUGUUUUGUCUUCAUUCUUUUUUCUUAUGUGCAAAUCUUCACCAAUGUGCUAAGAAUCCCCUCUGGGCAAGGAAGGAAGAAAGCUCUUUCUACCUGCUUGCCCCACCUCAUUGUUGUCUCUUUGUUUAUCAUCACAGGCACCCUUGCCUAUGUGUGCCCCACAUGCAAAGCUCCCAAAGAUGUGGUUAUGAUGAUUGCUGUCCUAUAUUCCAUGUUACCACCCAUGAUGAAUCCGGUGAUCUACAGCAUGAGAAACCAAGAGAUUAGAUCUGCGCUGUCCAAACUUUUGAAGGGGAGACGAUGUUGCAAGCACCAAAUGUCUGUUAUUCUUUUUUUAGCAUGA